CACGUGAAGUACGAAACCUGCGUCGUUAGCAUGAACCAGCAGCUGCAUUAACGAGUGGCUGACCCCCUGCAACAACAAGGGCAGGUGCACAUCGCGCGGUAGCAAAGGCUAGGAGUUUGAGGUCUGGUACAUCGAUUUUAUCGAUAAUCUCUUAGUUGCCCGGCAGUUGUCGCGUUGCCCUGACCUCCUUGUCGUAGAUCUCUCUUCGACCUCUUUGGAUUUGGAGCUGCCCGACCUCUCCAUCAUCGGCCUUUCUGCAUCUCGUCGAACAACUUCUCAGUCCAGUCGAAGACGUGGUCAUAUUCGAACCCCUCCGCUGGGAGGGGCUGAUCGGAAGAUUCUUUCUCCGGAAACCUGGCCCCGCAACAGCAUGAGGGGUUGGGCCACCAGCUAACUCGUGAGGCAUCAGGCAGUCCGAACAGCAAUUCUGGAAAUUGUUCAUGGCGUCCAUGGCGUCCAUGGCGUUCUCGUUGGAGGCCGCAAAGGAAGGUCUCGACAAAGAUGGCUUCUUUGACCUCGAAGACUCGACAACGGGAGACGACGUGUGGGAGAUGGAACGAAGACGCUUUCCCUAUGUCUCGGAGUAUGGACUGGACUUUGUCGGAAACGUGUCCUCGACGAUAUGGACCACGGUCGAAGCAAUCCUUGGACAGUGCACACUUGCGCACUGGCUGAGGUACAAAGCAUACCCGGGCCACGUCGUCUGCUUCAGAUCAGGUGGCCCAAAGGCUGGUAGGCGCGCUCUGCUGGUUCAUCUAUGGGCCAAAGGAUCCCGCGUGGAAUACUAUGGCGGUUCGCACCUACAUGACCUGCCAAAGCAGAAAGGAGCCAGGUUGUUAUGGGAAACUCAGCCAUCUGCCCUCGGUGAAGUGGGCUGUGUGGCCACGCCGAAGAGUUUCUGAGAUGGUGGCGCAGUCAUUCUUGAUGCCUGAGUUCACUACGAAAUCAAAGAAGGAUAUGUGAUCAAGUUCGAGUUCGCGACGGACGACAUCAUCGAGAACUGGCCCAAGAUGAUGGUUUCAGCUCUGUUGGAACAGAAGGUUGCUAGCAUGCAGAGUGACGGAAUUAGAUUGAACUAUGAAGUUGCCCUCGAAGCACCAAAUACAUAGCUAUCUCGGCUCAUGGUAGCCAGCC